AUGGACUUCAAGUACAGGAACAACGGCCGAAUGGCCUCAGACUCGGAUCACGAUAUGUUUAUGCAUGCCAGACGCUCUUCGGGUCCAGUGAUCCUUGGGGCCCGCCUCUCUCGAAAGAAAGAGUCGAUGCAGUACAACCAUCCAAAACCACCCUUAACGCCAAAUACCACUUCCUCCAUGCCACAAGCCAUACCAAAUCCUCUCUUGCCUUCCGCGCCUGCUUCCCCUCCAACACCUGCACCGAGCCCAACUCCACAUCAGAGAUCACCUACUUCUUGGCACCUUGCCCUGGAUGACGUUGAGGAUCCAAUCCUGGAGGAAGCAAGAAAUGCAUUUAGAGGAUUGGAUAUUACGGCCAAGGAAAAUUGGCUGAGAUCACUGGUGGAUGAGUGUGAUAAUCAUACCUUGAGCUUCUUGCACCAGAUUGUGAGCCCGAGACUGAAAAAGGAUCCGUUCAAGGCUUUGCCAAACGAACUCUGCUUUAGGAUACUCGAAUUUGUCGAUGACCCCAAAACCUUCGUUCGUGCCUCGCAGGUUUCAAGAAGGUGGCGGGAGAUUGUGAGCGACGACCAAGCUUGGAAAACGUUGUGCGAGAAACACGCAUACCGCAGGAUGUCCAGCGAUUCGAUCGGCUCAAGCAUGAACAACUCGACCGCGUCCGUCAGCCAAAUACUCUACAGUCAACAUUUGCGCUCAGCAUCGCCCAGUCGUAUACUUGACAACAUGCUUGCUAUCGAUGAGGAUCCGGAAGUUGUCGCGACUCCUUAUGACCCGGUACCUACUACAGGCUCUCGAAAGCAAAGGAAACCAAGGCCUAACACCACUCACCGAUCACACUUCAAGCACCGAUAUUUGGUGGAGUCGGCAUGGAGGAAAGGAGGUCUCAUGACAGCGAGGCACAUCCACCCUGAUCAAGGCGUAGUCACAAGCUUGCAUUUGACAAAGAAAUAUAUCGUUGUCGCCCUUGACAAUGCCAAGAUUCAUGUCUUCAACACGAGGGGAGAUCAUCAAAGAACCCUGCUUGGACAUCAGAUGGGCGUUUGGGCGAUGGUCCCUUGGGAAGAUAUACUGGUUAGUGGUGGAUGUGAUCGAGAUGUCAGAGUAUGGAACAUGGCGACUGGGACGAGCGUGCACACCUUACGAGGUCAUACUUCCACUGUUCGCUGUCUCAAGAUGUCGGAUGCGAGAACAGCAAUCUCUGGCUCGAGAGAUACUACGCUACGAGUGUGGGACUUGACUACAGGUGCAUGCACGAACGUUCUCAUGGGCCAUCAGGCUAGCGUUCGCUGCUUGGAGAUCCAUGGAGAUCUUGUUGUAUCAGGAAGCUACGACACUACAGCAAAGAUAUGGAGCAUUUCGACUGGACAAUGUCUACGUACCUUGCAAGGCCACUUCAGCCAAAUCUACGCCAUUGCCUAUGACGGGCACAGAAUAGCGACAGGUAGCUUGGACACGAGUGUCAGGAUCUGGAAUCCGCAAGACGGUACCUGUCAAGCAAUUCUCCAAGGGCAUACUUCCUUGGUUGGUCAGCUUCAAAUGCGUGGUAAUACACUUGUGACAGGAGGCUCUGAUGGAUCUGUUCGCGUCUGGUCACUCAUCACCAACGCUCCCAUCCACCGUCUUGCGGCCCAUGACAAUAGCGUCACUUCUCUUCAAUUCGACGACGCACGGAUCGUCAGUGGUGGCAGCGAUGGCAGAGUCAAGAUCUGGGACACAAAGACGGGAGCGCAGAUCAGAGAGCUAAGUCAACCGGCAGAAGCUGUGUGGAGGGUCGCAUUCGAGAGUGAAAGGUGUGUUGUGAUGGCUAGUAGAGCAGGGCGGACUAUAAUGGAAGUGUGGGACUUCACGCCACCGCCCGAGGACGGGGAUGGACAAGCCGGGGAAAGAUCGGUCGAAAUAAGAACGCCAGUGGGACCAAUUGUGGACGAGGACAUGGCGGAUGUGGAGGAAGACGAGGACCACAAGAGCGAGAUGAUCGAUGCUUAUAGCACGGGUGGAGAGGAGAGUGAAGGAAUGACUGAUUGA